UUUCAUCCUAUGGAGAAGGCCGAAAAGUGAUGCUCGGAGCAUCCAGGCAAGGAGGAGGAAGAGGAGGAGCGGCCGGGCAGGAUCCCACACCUUCCUCCCUGUGUUGUGUGCUUGUGUGUGUGUGUGUUGCAGACUCUGGAGCAGCAGCAGCAGCAUCCGCAUCUGUGCCUCCUCCAUCUCCUCCUCCUCUGAGCAUCCCUCGCCUUCCUCCGGCAAUGCAGGGCUCUCCAUCCUGCGCAGGCAGCCACCGUUGAGCAAAGGAACCCUCCGCAAAGGCAGCAAGGCUUGGCCAGCAGCGCAGAGGGGUGAGCCGGACCCCAGACCCAAGGAUGGUGCUAGAAGGCAGCCCGGAAGCGGUGACGUCCCAGUCCAUCGACCUCCGGCGAGGUUGUCCCAAGAAUGGACGCCUUUACCCUUCUGCGGGGGACAGUCUACUCUUAACCAAGGAGCCAGUGAAGUAUGGAGAGCUGAUCGUGUUGGGGUACAAUGGCUCCUUGCCCAAUGGCGACAAGGGCCGGCGCCGCAGUCGGUUGGCCCUGUUCAAGAGGCCCAAGGCCAACGGAGUCAAGCCAGACGUCAUCCACCACAUUUCCACGCCGCUCGUGUCCAAGGCACUAAGCAACAAAGGCCAACACAGCAUCUCAUACACACUUUCCCGGAGCCACUCGGUAAUUGUGGAGUACACACACGACAGUGAAACUGAUAUGUUCCAGAUCGGCCGCUCUACGGAAAGCAUGAUUGACUUUGUGGUGACGGACACGACAUCGGGGUCCAACUCGGCCAUCGACGGCCAGUCAGCCCAGAGCACCAUCUCCCGCUUUGCCUGCCGCGUCAUCUGCGAGAGGAACCCUCCGUACACGGCUCGCAUUUAUGCCGCCGGCUUCGAUGCCUCCCGCAACAUUUUCCUUGGAGAGAGGGCAGCGAAGUGGAGGACUCCGGACGGACUCAUGGACGGCUUGACCACGAACGGGGUCCUGGUGAUGCACCCCAACGGGGGCUUCAGCGAGGACUCGACGCCCGGUGUGUGGCGUGAGAUUUCCGUGUGCGGGAAUGUGUACGCCCUGCGGGACAGUCGCUCCGCCCAGCAGCGGGGAAAGCUGGUGGAGUCGGAGUCCAACGUGCUCCAGGACGGCUCGCUGAUCGACCUGUGCGGUGCCACACUGCUGUGGCGGACCUCGGAGGGGCUCCUGUGCACCCCAACGCUGCAGCAACUGGAAGCGCUGCGCCAGGAGAUCAAUGCCGCCCGGCCACAGUGCCCUGUGGGCUUCAGCACCCUAGCCUUCCCCAGCUUUGCGCAGCGCGGGGUGGUCGAGAAGAAGCAGCCCUGGGUCUACGUCAACUGCGGCCACGUCCACGGCUUCCACAACUGGGGUUUCCGCAAGGAGAAAGGGGGCCUGGAGCGGGAGUGCCCCAUGUGCCGGCGGGCAGGUCCCUACGUGCCACUCUGGCUGGGAUGCGAAGCCGGGCUCUACCUGGGCGCUGGGCGGCCCACCCACGCCUUCUGCCCCUGCGGCCACGUCUGCUCCGCCAAGACUGUGCAGUACUGGGCCCAGAUCCCGCUGCCCCACGGCACCCACGCCUUCCACGCCGCCUGCCCCUUCUGUGGCACGUGGCUCACGGGCCAGCAGGGCUUCGUCCGGCUCAUCUUCCAGGGGCCGCUCGACUGAGCCGGGGA